CCCAGCCCCCGUCCCUGCCCGUCGCCGCACAGCGCCAGCCACCCGCGGGGGCGGAGGCAGGGCCCGAGCACGACGCAGCGCCGGGAGGCAGCCUCGCCCGUCAGCCGCGCAGCCAGCCCCGGCCCGAGGGGAGCAGUCCCCAUGGCUGACCGGAGCCUGAUCGAGGGAGCCGAGCCCUUCCCGCGGAGGGAGGAGGCUCCGGAGUGGGGCUACGAGGAAGGGGUCGAGUGGGGACUGAUUUUUCCCGACGCCAACGGGGAGUACCAGUCGCCCAUCAACUUGAACUCGAGAGAAGCGAAAUACGACCCCUCGCUCCUGGAAGUGCGCCUGUCGCCCAACUACGUCGUGUGUCGCGACUGCGAAGUGAUUAACGACGGGCAUUCCAUUCAAAUCGCACUCAAGUCCAAAUCAGUGUUAAUAGGGGGGCCAUUACCUCGAGGACAUGAGUUUGAACUACACGAUGUUCGAUUUCACUGGGGGAGAGAAAACCAGCGUGGUUCUGAGCACACGGUUAAUUUUAAAGCCUUUCCUAUGGAGCUUCAUCUAAUGCACUGGAACUCCACACUAUACAGCAGCAUUGAUGAAGCAGUAGGGAAGAAGCAUGGCAUAGCUAUCAUUGCUUUAUUUGUACAGAUAGGAAAAGAGCAUGUAGGCCUAAAGGCUGUAACUGAAAUUCUCCAGGACAUCCAGUACAAGGGAAAGUCCAAAACUAUACCCUGUUUUAAUCCCAACUCUUUAUUACCAGAUCCUCUACUGCGUGACUACUGGGUGUAUGAGGGCUCCCUAACAAUUCCACCCUGCAGCGAAGGUGUCACCUGGAUUUUAUUUCGCUAUCCUUUGACUGUGUCCCAAGUGCAGAUAGAGGAAUUUCGUAGACUGAGGACACAUGUUAAGGGUGCAGAACUUCUAGAGGGCUGUGACGGAAUCCUAGGAGACAACUUCAGACCAACUCAGCCACUGAGCGACAGAGUCAUCAGAGCUGCAUUUCAGUAGCAGAAGAGGAAAAACAACAAAAAUAAAUCUUUAUUAAUAGAGGGGGAAGACAAUGCUCCCACAGUGCCCUUGGAUGAGAAAUGGAAACUUUUGAGGCUGCUGCUUCAGUUGAACCACAAAGCCUGUAUUGUUUGUCUUCAUCUAAUUCAACUUUGAUAGACAGCUGUGACAGUUGUUCUGUCCACACAGUUCAGUGAAAUUCUGGAAAUGGGGCUGUACAUUAAAAGAAGAAAGCAUUAAAUCUUCCAAUUUACACUGUUAGCUAUUUUUAAAUGGUAACUAUCAUUGCUUAUGUAAUUUCUUUGCAGUAGCAUUCAAUAGUGGUCUGUGAUCCAAAUAAUGCUAAUUUUAAGCUUGUUUUAAAUGUUAAUAUAUAUAGAGAUACUCAUUGUUUUGAAUGUUACACUUAAUUUUAUUUUGUAGCAUCUCUUUUGCUGUCAGUAACCAUCUUGUGUAGAGGGGAGGUGUGUACUGUAAAGCUAAUAAAACCAUUGGUUGUUCACAAAGUAUUAUACAAAUUCAGAAUUCAUUUUUGGGCAGAAAUGAACACUUCUUUGCCAAGCACUUAACAUGGCCUAUCGGAAUAAAGCUGAAUGACAUUUGCAUUAUUAGGAACCUUAUUUGAAUAAAGAACAACUUUGGAAUAAGGAAAAUUAAUUGAUAUAACAGCAAACCUAGUCAUGGAAUUUUACAAAGAAAUUAUCAUUUCAGGCAGAAAAUUAUCAGCCUUUGUUCUCCUGUGAAUUAUGACAGUUCUAUUUGUUUCUGCACAUGACUGAGGAUGGUGGUCUGAGGCCCUUCUCUGCACGUCCUGAGCUGCUGCACAGCAUGGGGACUGCCAUUCUGGGCCACACAUGACACAGCUCUGACAGGGCAAAAGAGAGAGAAGUAGACCAAGCCUGCAAGACAAGCUCUUAGCUUACAGUUCCUUCUAAACACGUAGCACUGAAAAACAUUUUCAUGUGGUGGGAAAUAGCUUUGGUCUCCAUGGCUUUCAGUGCGAUCCAUUUUGCUAGCACGUUUGUGGUGGGACCUGUGUGAGUGCAAGAAUGCAGAGGCACAGAUGGCAAGCUCCAGGCAGGGCACAAUGGAGAUGCAAACAGAGGUUCACAAAGCAGAGGUUACUCCCUGGGAGCAGAUGGGUGAAUCAUCAAUCACAAAGUCAUCACCAUGCAGUGGUAAAUGUAGUGUCACAAGGCAUGCUUAUUCCAUCUCCGGAAGGGUUGCUGCUGAAUAAUGAGUUGCAAAUUCUCAGAGUCAUAUAUGUGUAUAUUAGGGACAGGAGAAACAGUAGGAGGAACCCACACACUGCGUAUGAACAUGGGGAGAGGGAGUGGAUGCUGCUUACCAGUUCAUGUGGUCGUAACUAUGUGUACUGCAGGAAUGUGUGGAGAGACACACAGAUGAUCUUGGUAUUGCAAUAAAAGCAUGUAAUUCCAUCAUGAAGUCAUCUGUUUAUGAGGAUUAGUGGAGAUGUCAUUAAUAAAUUGCUCCUUGAGCCUAUGAAAACUCAUAUUUCUUAGAGUUACGUAUAAGAAUUUUCCUCUAUCUUCUGCCCAAAUUUAAGAAAAAUUUACAUGCCUUACUAGUCAAAAAGCUCAAGAUAGCAGUGCUGACCGAAAAUAUGCUUUCUAUCUGCAAUAGCCCAGCAUUUACAUCAAAGUAACAGCCUCAGUGGAUGCUGCCCCUCUUCCAUCUGUAGGGACUCAGUGGUCCUUAUGUGCCUCUUCCAACUUGGAAUAUUCAAUGAUUCUACAACUCCUCAGACAAUUGCAAUAAUAACCCAACCCCAGAGCCUGGCCUCCUCCAUAUUUUGCCAUAGGGCAGGGUGGCAUCUCUGCAUAAAGAUUGUUGUACGUAGUAUCUGGUCUGCAAAGGCUCGGCCAAGAUGCAGAUAUUGGCAGUUACCUGAUGAUUUGUAGUUGUCAGGUGCAGUUCUGAAAUCUCUAAAAAA